CCAUACAAAUGCUCAACGUGUAAAAUUUGCUCCCCAACUUCAGUAGCGGUGCCUGGCAACAAAAAACAACUUUUUAGAAUGGCCAAGUUUGUGAUUGCAGGCAGGGCAAAUUGUCCUUAUUAUGCAAAAGUGGAGCUCCUUGCAGACGAGCUGGAUGCCACCCUGCAAGAUUUCUCUGUACACAAGAUUGUGAAACAGCCAGCAGAAUGGGAGGAUUGGUUGCAGCAACAAUGCAAGCAGAACAACUGGUCAUUCAAGAAAUCACCAAUUGUUUGGAGAGAACUUCUUGAUAGAGGUGGAGCAGGAGUUCUCAUAGGCGGAUCCAAUGAAUUCCAAGAAUAUGCCUACAGCUACUAUGGGGUCUCAUCUGAGCAAAUGAGCAGUGACAUGACCAAAAUUGCAUCCGAGAAUUUAGAAACAAAGAUUAUCAUGGAUGCAGAGGAACAACAUAGACUAAGCCGUAGUACGCCCCUCCAAGUUUGCAUCACAAAUUCCUCCAGCCCCAUAGCAUACCACAUGGUCAAUGAGAUAGCAAGAGGAGAUGUGCUUGGCCAUGACAAUGAGGUUAGCAUUAGACUCUUGACAAAACCAGAAGACAAGGACUAUGUGGAGGGACAGUGCAUGGAGGUGUUUGAUCUAGCUUGUCCGUUGCUAAGGGGUGUGAAGGUUUACACAGAUGCCACAGCAGCUCUAACUGGUGUACAUGUUGCAGUGUUUCUAGAUGAGUUCUGUCUGAUGGAAGAAGAGAAUGCCAAGCUUGGUGGAGUCAGCCAGGAAGGAUGUGCCCAGUUUGCUCUAUAUGGACGCAUUCUCAACCAGUAUGCAGAACAAGAUGUCAAGGUUUUGAUCGGUGGUAGAGGCAAAUUGAACUUUUCUGCACUAAUGCUCAAACACAAUGCUCCAAGGAUCGCCCGACAGAACAUCAUCAUAACCCCACGACUCCAGGAGAAUCGAGCCAAGGCAGCAAUUGCUAGGAAGAUCAACGUCAACACUGCAGGUGUGGCCGAUUUGAUCAUCUGGGGAAACAUCGGUGGUAUUACUCAUUUUGACAUCUCCCAGGCUCGUGUGUACAAGUAUGAGGGGGCCAUCUGGGGUCCAUCUUCGUUCUCUAGGCCCGUGACAGAGGUUGUUCAUGAUGAAAAGUGGCUCCAGACAGAGUAUCCUCAGCUUCUCCAGAACCACCCUGAUGCCCUUGCAACCAUGCUGAAUCACAAGGUUGCUAUGUCAGAGGCGCAUGCCCUGACCAGUAUUCUCACCCACUGGUACAAUGGCUCUCCUGAUAAAGAAAUAUUCUCACUUGGUGUUUACUCAGAUGGUUGGUAUGAUUUGCCUGUGGACAUCUUCUUCUCCCUUCCGGUCAAGUUCCAGAAAGGCGCCUGGGAGGUUGUCCAGGAUCGUCAGGUCACAACUGAGAUUCGGGCCCAGCUAGAUCAGAUCACGAACGAGUUGAUCCAUGAGAGGUACGUCAUCUUCCCCCCACCCAAAGCAGAUACCCCUCCCCCAGAACCUUCCACAGAGGAGGAGCCAACUCCAGUGGAGGAUGCAGACAAGGUGUUCGGCGAGGGGGAGAAGGAGAAGGAGAAGGAAGAAUCCUCGGGAACGGAAGGUGAAACGUCUUCAUCGCAGGAGUCAAGGUCUGGGAACCUCUCAAGGAUUGCGGAGGAAUCAGAAAGCGAUGGCACCAAAGGGAGGCCUGGGAGUCAAUCUGAGGUAGAAAAAUCUAAACCAGCUACACCUCAGGCAGCUGAAGCUGUUUAGAUACCGGACGAUUGAUCUUUUGGAUAUACAUGUAUUUUGUUUGUAAACACAAACCUUGAAGCUCUACAUGCAGAAUAUAAACUGUCCUUCAAUUAUAUCGAGUCACUGUAUUUCUAGAUUCUAAACAUUCUCAAUACCAUAACGUUAUGAUAACAUUAGAAAUCAACUAGCUAGGUCCAUUCAGGUUCCAGCCUUGCAUUGACCUUACACCAUUGAUAACAUGAUGAAAAGAAUUCCUGAGAAAUGAAGAUUAUUGUCAAUCCUUUGUAAAAAAGAAAGUGUUAUGGUAUUACAAUCGGAUAAUUGCAUUAUAUCAAGAGUACUCAUUGAUAUGUUGGAAUUGUCAUUUAGUAUACUUCAGAGAUUGCUAUACCUUCUUUGUUUUUAUGUAUAUUGAUUAGAAGAAAACUAUGAUUUGAUAACUUCAACACUUGCAUUAUGCAGUCUGUAUGGAACGUAUAGAUGUUGUUGAUAUGUGUUGCUCACACACAAUUAUCAAUAUUGUUAGGGUAGAGAAUAACAGCCUGUUUUGAUUGAGAUGUGUGGACUCAUAUUAUAAUGCACUAUUCCAAUUAUGCUUUGCCAUUAGAAACCUAUAUUUCUGCAUAUUGAAAACGGUUUUCACAACUCUUUUUUCAAGUUGAUUUACAUGUAAGUUCACAGUAUUACAAGUAGAUAGUAUAUUGCAAUCAGAAAUCAUAAUCAUUAAUUGUUGUUUCUUAUAAAAGGUGCAAAACAAUUGUGCCCACUAAGCUGAGGAAUAUAUUUUUCUGUAUUCUAUACCACCAAAAUUUGUGCUAACUUGUGCUUUCUCAAUCUGCAUUCUAUGUGCCCAUUAUACCACUUUGAAAUGAAUUGUAUUAAUAGAAAAAAUUUCAAACUAGUUAACAAAGAGUAUGGAUUUACAGAUAAACCUAUAUUUGUAAACGAGAGCAUGUAAAUACUAUUGUUAAAUUAAUAGUAAUGUUUGGUGCACGAAAUAUAUUAGUAUGUACAGUUUGUAUGCUGACAUGCCCUUAUCAUCAAAUGAGGAAAUUGUAAAUAAGAUUAUAUUUCUCUUUAUGUAUAUAUCACUUUUUAUUUGUCAAACAAAAUACUAAAACCUAAAGAAGAAAAAAAACAGGUAUUAAAGAAUCAUAUCAGGCAUUGUAAAUUUAAGGCAAGAAUAAAUGACAGCUUGAUUAAAAAAAAAACUGAUUUUAGAAAAAAAUACUUGUACUUUUGUUUUUAAUGCUAACAAGUAUUGUAUUCAUAGCAUAUUACCAGUACCUAAUCCAGUUUAAAAAAUAUAACUACCAAGAACGCAUUUGCUUUAUUCAUAUUUAUUAAAAUGGGGAAUUUCUAAUUCAGAAUAUUUCCCCUACUGUAUGGUUGUUUUAUUAUUCAUGUAGAUAAAGCAUUUCUAACUGUAGCUUAGACUGUGGGGUGCUUUGAUACUUAACUUUGUUGAUUGCUAAUUUCAGAAAUGUCAUUGCUUGUCUGGUGCUUUUUCCCUAUGAAAUUAUUUUUUUAAUUGAUCUGUUGGAUGCCAAAAGCUUCUUAUAUCUAGUCUACCUGCAACUUAAGCCAUCAUUAUAUUUUUUUUUCCAUAUUUGUUUCUUUCAUACCAGUUUGCACAUAUCAGCUCUUCAGCUUUUUUUCCUCCUUGCUUUUUUUGGUAACAAAGAUGGAGCAGUUUGUUUCAUUUGAGUUUGGAAUAAAUGUUGGUCAGAGUGUCAUGAAA